AAGGCAUAAGUUCCGGUGUUGUCAACGAGUUCAGUCCUUUUUCAUCUUCUCGCUGCGCAGGUUACUACUUUUUGAGUAGAAGCCAAGCUAGCUCAUUGAAAAUUAAGAUUCUAGCUCAUCGCUACCUGUAGCCUUGUGAUCGUCUCGAUCGGAGCUGCGGGCUAGGAAAACGCUCGCCCUCCAAAGGCUGCGACGAGCUAGCUGUCCACUCUCCCAAGGGAGGGGACCACGGUGUUCACCGCUCGGACCCUAGGAGCUCCGGACCGGUAAAGAGCGGACACUCCUGCACGUCAGCCGGUGUGUGACAGGAGCUCAGGGGAGGAGAGUAUCUGACAGAAUAUAAGUCACCUCACAACACCAUAUUCCAGCAGACUUGAAGCUCCCGCUGGAAGUCAGAAGACCCUCACACAACUCUGCUGAUCUACACAACUUCACCAGGUUGGAGAAAUGGCCUCAGAUCACAUUGAAGUUGCUGCUCUGGGACGACCCUUCACCCUAGGGAUGCUCUAUGAUGCCCGGAGAGAUACAUUGAUUCCAGGUCUCACAUUAUGGAAUCCUGAAACUCUAAAAGUAAAACAAACCCGUCAGCAGGGCAGUACUUUUGUAAUGUCUGCAUCUGACUCCACUGAAUCAAAGUCCACUUUGCUGGAUAUUGAUGCUUCUCUGAAGGCCAGUUUCAUGAGUGGACUGAUAAAAGUUGGAGGAUCUGCCAAAUAUCUGAAUGAUGAGAAGAAAUUCAAGAAUCAGAGCAGAGUGACCUGUCAGUACAAAGCUACCACCAACUUCCAACAGUUGUCAGUGACUCAACUCAAAGUGAUGAGCCAAGAACAAAGAGAUCUCAUCAAGAAUGGCUUGGCGACUCAUGUAGUCACAGGCAUCCUGUAUGGGGCAAAUGCCUUCUUCGUGUUUGACAGUGAGAAGUUAGAAGCCAGCCAGGUUCAGAAGACAGAGGGCAGCAUGCAAGCUGUGAUAAAGAUGAUUCCUUCUUUAAAUAUUGAGGGGAAAGUUAAACUCAAGCUGACGGCUGCAGAGAAAGCCCUGACUGAGAAAUUAUCCUGCGAAUUCCACGGAGACUUCAUUCUUGAAAGCAACCCAGCAACAUUUCAAGCUGCAGUGCAGACCUAUGUAGAACUUCCACAUCUACUGGGAACAGAUGGAGAGAAAGCUGUGCCAGUGAAGGUCUGGCUGAUGCCACUGAAACUGUUUGAACCUGCAGCUACUGGGGUAAGGACAGAUAUCAGCAUCGAGUUAGUGAGGAAGGCGCAGGAAGCUCUGGAGGAGUUAAGGGAGGCAAAAAUGAGAUGCAACGAUUCUCUGCAAGACAAAGUGGUAGAGAGUUUCCCAGAGGUCCGAAAAGACCUAAGCACUUUCCAAAAUCUGUGUGGUUAUUAUAAAACCAACCUCCAGCAAGCCAUGGCAGAGAAACUUCCCUCCAUCCGUGAAGGAAAGGAAAAGGAGAGCUCACUGGAAAAAGUCUUUGAAGACAGGCACAAGUCACCCUUCAACCAUGAAAAACUAAACAAGUGGCUGGAUCACAAAGAGAGAGAACUCAACAUCAUCAAGUCCUUUGUCGACACCAUGGAGGGAGUAAAGAUCGUCCUGAACCAGAAGGAGCUGGACAGAGAGGUCCUUGCUUCAGGUGUAGAAGAUGUUCUGUGCUUUGUUUUCACCUCCAUGCGUAAGGGUGAUAGCUACCUUGAUGAGAUGGCUGACUUCUUGAAAUCACCCAAGUUAGGAAGUACCCAUGAAGAGGAGUGGUACUACUCCAUGAAGCUUCUGAACACAAUGAGAGAAAAAGCCACAUUUCUCCAGGGUGCUUCCAAAGGGCUGAAGAACAACAGCAAAUUCUGUUUCCUCAUAACGGCCAAAACCAAUCCCAAAUACAAAGGAGCAAGCAUCUACCACUACAAGAAAGGCCAGCCGGUCAAUGAAGACUUUCAACGUCCAAAGCCUCCUUCUGUGGAGACCAUCAAACACAAGAGAGAUCUGAUCUGGUAUGCCUGUGAUCUCCACCUGGACCCAAACACUGCCCACAAAAAACUCACUCUGUCUCACGGAAACAAAAAGGCAACAUAUGGAAAAGAUCAGAAAUAUCCUUCUCACCCACAUCGGUUUGGAAAACAGCGACAGGUGUUGUGCAAAGAGAGGUUAUCUGGGUGCCAUUACUGGGAGGUCGAGUGGAGCACCAGUGGCAAGGAGUCUGUUUUUGCAGCUGUUACAUACAAGGGAGCUGACGGAAAUAAAAGUGACACGAAAAGGUUUGGGCAAGAUUCAAAAUCCUGGUGUUUCGGCAAAGAAAACCAUAUUAGGGCAUACCAUGACUCAAAGAGGGUGUUGGAUGCAACUCAUCUCCCUGGUGACUUCAGUAGAUUCGGGGUGUAUCUGGACUGGCCUGCUGGCACUUUGUCCUUCUACAGAGUCUCCUCUAACACACUGACUCACCUGUACACCUUUCGCACCAAAUUCACUGAUCCUCUUGUCCCAGGCCUCUUUGCUUAUCAUAAUUCCAACUAUGCCUACCUGUGUCCAGUUGAAUUGUAAAUGAACUGGAUUUAAAAGCGCUCUUCCAGUCUUUACGACCCAUCAAAGCGCUUUUACAUUGGCAGCCAUUCACACACAUUCAUAGAGGCAGAGGCUGUCACACACCUGCUCAUAGCCUAACGUUCACACACAUCUACACACAUCCCAAUAUAACUUACACCUGCUACUCAAAAUCAAAAAUGCAUUCAAAGAGGGACAGGGAAAUGUUUUAUUAUUGCUUUCAACAAUUGAGCUUGUAUGAUUGAGUAUUCUGGGGAGUGGUCUUCACUGUACUCUGGUUAGAGUUCCCAUUCAUUAACAUUGUGUGCAGUUAUUGUCUGGUAUGAAGCGGGUACACCUGUUGAACACCUGAGAGGUCAACAUGUCCCAACUCCUCCCACUAAGGCAAUGAUGAAGAACUCUUAGCUUCUUGGUCGCUCUAACGUUUGAAAUGCAACCUAACAUCCCAUUCUAACUUUAACGUGCUCCACAGAAUCAAACAUUCAUUCAAACCCAGAGCGACCAGAACAAACGAGGAUAUUAAAAAGUGACUUGUUUAUCAGUAAAUGUUGAUUUCAUCAUCUUCUCAAACUGUUUGAAGUCGAUGCUUUACGAACAGUUGAACAUAUUUCUUCAUAGGAACUUUCUAUCGUAGUAACAUAUACUCAAGCAUUAUAUAUCCGGCAAUCGCUCUGUCAAAACUGAUGUUGAAAUACAAUAUAAACAUAAUGGGGAACAAUAGUUGCUUUUUCUGUUGAAUUUAUGCUCAUUAUUUUAGGACUUAAGGUACUUCAAGAGCCGAUUGCUUUUGCUUUGUCUUUUUUUAAAGCGAGUUAUAUUUAGAGAACACAAGAGGAGUCUUUUCUCUCAUGAAACCGGUGUGGGUGGGUUUCUCUGAGGUCAAGAUUAGACAUGCUUUAUCAACAUUAGAAUGAUGACAUAUGAAAUCAUAGUUUAAGUCAAAGACAAAGAAUAUCUGUUUUGUUAAAUGUAUCAUUUUGAUUAUGUUGGGAAUAUCCUAUCGCUUAUUUCAGCAUUUGUUUAUUUCCUUCUUUAUGCAGAACUCACAGCUCAUGAAGAAAAAUGCAGAACUUGUUUUGUUUGAGAGAAUCACUGUUAACACCAUGUAGUUGGAAAUAUUGCUGAUGGUUAUAAAGAUGAAGCAACAUCAGAUUCCUGUAACACUUCAACAUCUGGAUAUGUUCACUCUGUGCUUUAAUAAAGAGACCUGACUUUACUCUGA